AUGGCAAAGACGCUAGUAAACAAUUCUCUAAUGAGACUAUUCGCUAUGAACGGCUUGAUGAUUUGUCGUCAAUGUAGUCGCCAAAACGUUCAUCAAUCGUUGGCUAGAGCGCUUUCUACAAGAGCUUUGUCUGGAUUCAACCAACAUCAACGGAUGCCACUCAUCAGGAGUCAAUCGAGGAAUGAGACAACCGAUACAACUGUAAACUCUUCAACAAUACCAAAGAUGGUUCCAAUUGCCAAACCCUCAACAAAGGCAGUUAUAACGUUUACUCAGGCACACGAAGAUCUAUCAUCAGCACUACUAGUAACCCCCAAAUCCAUCCAUCCCAACGAUAUGAUGAACCUAAUAUUUAAAAUCGAAACAUCUGCACAUGCACUCCACGCCAUAUCCCUCCUGUCUCGCUGGCGAGAGGCAUCCAAACCAUGGACACCAACAGACUCAUACGUACUCGUAGAAGCCCUACUAAGAACUGAAUCAUAUGAUGUCUUGUUGGAACGAAUAUGUAAUGCAUAUCAGAAUGGAUUGAUUCCACGACAGAGGGAUAUAGAGGCAUUGCUGAAAGCAUUUGUACGUCAAUGCUCAUCAUCGGAGAUAACAGAAGAGGAUAAGGUCAAAGCACUGGACAAUUGCUACAAGACUUUUGCGGUGGUGUUGUAUUAUCAUAUUGUGCCUACCGCUGAAAUGUAUGUGGACUUGAUGACUGCUGGUAUCAAGUGUGGGACUGAGGAGGGUAGAAGGAGAUCUUCAGUGACACGUAAUGAAGCAAUAUCAUUAGGGUAUCAAGUUCCCGAUCUAGCUGAACUGUAA